UCUCGGAAUGAAAGACAAUACAUAUGUUUUAAACUCGUUUUGUGGAAAAAAGAACAUCAUACUUCUAAGGAGGGUUCUUGUCAUUUAUAAUAAAAUCGCGAAAAAUAAGAUACCCUUAACUUCGCCAUUUACUUAUUCGUGCACUUUUACUUUUAAUUUUGAUGGAUAAAUAUGUUACGAUAAUAUUCCAACAAUCGUAAAUAAUUGCGACUAAUCAAUAAAAAAAUAGUUGGUUACACGACAUUCUCCAAUUCAAACAAAAUAUUCAUUUUAAUUAGGUAUAUGUAUGUACUUCUAGAUAAACUUCCUGAAUUUCGACCCAGUGUUUUCCCAAUACCACGAACACCCGCGUUUGUUACACGUUAUUCAACAAUUAAUUGGAGAGAACCUAUCCAUGCUCAAUAGCAUGGUCAUCAAUAAACCACCUGGCAGCAAAUGGCAUCCACCACAUCAGGAUGCGUUCUACGUGCCGAUGAGACCUAUAGAGAAAAUAUUGACAGCAUGGACGGCGGUAGACCCUGUGUUUGAGACGAAUGGUUCCCUGUUCGUCGUCCCCGGAUCACACAAGGAGAAUAUAAUUCAUCCGGAAGUUAAUGUGCCGGAUUUAACAAACAUAAUGUACUUCAUGAUACCGGACGUGGACGCGGUGGCUCCCUAUAAUAAGCGGGUGACUGUUGCGCCGAUGGAGCCCGGGGAUACGGUUUUCUUCCACCCACUGUUGGUGCACGGAUCCUGGCCCAACACAUCCAACAUGUUUCGGAAGGCUAUAACGAGCCUGUACGUUAGUCAAGAGUCUUACUACAUAGAUGUAAAGGGAACCCCAUUGGAGGCUUUUGAAAAGAGUCUCAAUGAAGUAAUCAAAGGAAUGUAUGGACCGGACGUUGGUGAAAUUGUGAGUAUGAUUACGACCAAAAUUAAUAAAAGAACAAUUAAUAUGGAUUAUGAUCCACAAUAUGCUUUAAAUUUCUUUCGUGAAAGACCUCGUCACCAGUUUAGAGGGUUAUUUUUUCCUAAUAGGACACAUGAGUAACGAUCAUGAGAAUGUCAAUUAGGAAUCAAAAUCAUAAUCAUUUUUAGCGACAGAAUUCUUUUAAAAAUAAGUUCAUAAGAAAUAGUUAUGAUGACAAAUUUUUGUUUGUUUGUCCGUCAGGUAGAGUGUUAAAAAAUAUUAAACACGUAUUUUUUUAUUUUUUUCGUAAUCAUAAAAUUACGGCGU